CAGAAGCCAGCGUGAGUCUGAAUCAUCGAUAGGGAGACUGUCGGAGCUAAGAAUCUAGAGUGAUGGGACCUGAGUGAAGGAACAGCCGCGAGUGAUCACUCUCCAAGCCGGUUAUGACAGGCAGUGGCACCCGGUGUGUGUGAGGUUAGUGUGGUGCUCUCUCUCUCUCUCUCUAGACAGAGCUGAGGUGAAAGGGUCAGGAUGGCUUCAGCCUGUGCUGAGAUCUGUGGGUCAGACUACGCUGAACAGACGACGCAGCACGACCAGCGAUACGGAGUCAGAUCAUACCUCCACCAGUUCUACGAGGAGUGUACUGCCUCCAUCUGGGAACGCGACGAAGACUUUCAGAUUCAGAGAUCGCCUAGUCGGUGGAGCUCUGUCCUCUGGAAGGUCUGUCUAGCGUUAGGAACCCUGAUUCUGGUGACAGGCCUCAUUGUCCUACUGGUGGGCUACUCCACCCCGACUAAGAUCGAAGCGUUCGGGGAAGACGAGCUCCUCUUCGUCGACAGCCACGCUGUGCGCUACAACCGAGCCUUGGACGUGUGCAAGCUGACGGGCGCCGUGCUGUUCUGCGUGGGCGGCGGCCUGAUGGCCGUAGGUCUCCUCCUCUCGGCCUUCUCAAAGAGCUACUCCAAGGAGGAGCUGUACCUGCAGCAGAAGUUUAAGGAGAAGCUGGUUGAUAUCCAGAAUACCGUCCAUCCCGUCACCAGAGCCCCUACUCCGGGGGAGAGUAAGAUCCCUGUCACCCUGUCUAAAGUGCAAAGUGUCCAGCCCAACUCAGAGACAUAACAGUUAUCGAUGUAGUAGUGAGAGGUAGAUCAUCAGUGGUGUUCAUGUGUCCUUGUUUCCUUACCCUUCUAAAGGUCAGCUUACGUCAUUUUAGUGCUUCUCCUUAAAAACAAAUCCUGUGUAUCCAGCACUUAGACUAAAGGCUGCAGGAGGAAUCACACAGCUCCUUUCAUGUAACGCUGUGUAAUUAAGGCUGCAGGAGGUUUCACACAGCUCAUUUCAUGUAACGCUGUGUUAUAAAGGCCACAGGAGGUUUCACACAGCUCCUUUCAUGUAACGCUGUGUUAUAAAGGCAGCAGGAGGUUUCACACAGCUCCUUUCAUGUAACGCUGUGUUAUAAAGGCCACAGGAGGAAUCACACAGCUCCUUUCAUGUAACGCUGUGUUAUAAAGGCUGCAGGAGGAAUCACACAGCUCCUUUCAUGUAACGCUGUGUUAUAAAGGCUGCAGGAGGUUUCACACAGCUCCUUUCAUGUAACGCUGUGUUAUAAAGGCUGCAGGAGGAUUCACACAGCUCCUUUCAUGUAACGCUGUGUAAUUAAGGCUGCAGGAGGUUUCACACAGCUCCUUUCAUGUAACGCUGUGUAAUUAAGGCCGCAGGAGGUCUCACACAGCUCCUUUCACGUCAAUCUGUGUUAGUGUCAACUACUAGCUGGGUUACAAUCAGCCUACGUGAUUAAUGUACCUAGACCAAGAAACUAACAGACUCACUGUAUAGAGCAGUGGUUCUCACCCUGGGGUACUUAUCCUAUCCACAGAGGGUACUUAUCAUAUCCACAGGCAGAACUUAUCCUAUCCACAGAGGGUACUUAUCAUAUCCACAGGCAGAACGUAUCCUAUCCACAGAGGGUACUUAUCCUAUCCACAGGCAGAACGUAUCCUAUCCACAGGCAGAACUUAUCCUAUCCACAGAGGGUACUUAUCAUAUCCACAGGCAGAACUUAUCCAAUCCACGGGGGGUACUUAUCAUAUCCACAGGCAGAACUUAUCCUAUCCACAGAGGGUACUUAUCAUAUCCACAGGCAGAACUUAUCCUAUCCACAGAGGGUACUUAUCAUAUCCACAGAGGGUACUUAUCCUAUCCACAGAGGGUACUUAUCCUAUCCACAGGCAGAACGUAUCCUAUCCACAGGCAGAACUUAUCCAAUCCACAGAGGGUACUUAUCAUAUCCACAUGGAGUACUUAUCCUAUCCACAGGCAGAACUUAUCCUAUCCGCAUGGGGAACUUAUCCUAUCCACAUGGAGUACUUAUCCUACCCACAGGCAGAACUUAUCCUAUCCACAGGGGGUACUUAUCCUAUCCACAUGCAGAACUUAUCCUAUCCGCAUAGGGAACUUAUCCUAUCCACAGGGGGUACUUAUCCUAUCCACAGGCAGAACUUAUCCUAUCCACAGGGGGUACUUAUCCUAUCCACAUGCAGAACUUAUCCUAUCCGCAUAGGGAACUU